ACGUGGAUCCUCAAGGCGAUGUGCCCACGCGGCUGCUUGGCCGAGCGGAGCUCUACGCGCAGCAAAUGUUUUGCCGCCUGUGGCACGUCUCAGCCUGUACAGGAAAGAAUAUAAAGAAGAUGUUCAUUGACAUGGCACAGCUGAUCCUCGCGAAUGGGAUGCUUUGGGAGCUUGACUACCACGAAGAAAGCAGCUCCGAGGAAAGCGACGAAGACCGCUGUGCUAUUAUGUGA